CCUCCAACGGGCAGGUCUCAGCGCUCCUCCUCCUGCUCGGCUCCUCUGCAGGGCCCAGGCGCCCUUGGCCUUGGGACACUUCUCUCACCGCUAUGGAGUUCGACCUCGGAGCAGCCCUGGAGCCCACCUCCCAGAAGCCUGGUGUGGGGGCGGGCCAUGGGGGAGACCCCAAGCUCAGUCCCCACAAAGUUCAGGGCCGGUCGGAGGCAGGGGCAGGUCCGGGUCCAAAGCAAGGACACCACAGCUCUUCCGAUUCCAGCAGCAGCUCCAGCGACUCGGACACGGAUGUGAAGCCCCACGCUGCUGGCUCCAAGCAGCACGAGAGCACCCCGGGCAAGGCCAAGAAGCCCAAAGUGAAGAAGAAGGAGAAGGGCAAGAAGAAGAAGGAGGCUUCCCACUGAAGGGCCCUGGACAGGGCUCAUUAAACCUUCCUCUCUGCC